AUGAUCAUUAUUAUCUAUCUAUCUAUCUAUCUAUCUAUCUAUCUAUCUAUCUAUCUAUCUAUCUAUCUAUCUCAUUCUCUUCCUAUCUGUCUAUCUCAUUCUCUUUCUAUCUAUCUAUCUAUCUAUCUAUCUAUCUAUCUAUCUAUCUAUCUAUCUAUCUAUCUAUUACCUAUAUCUAUCUAUCUAUCUAUCUAUCUAUCUAUCUAUCUAUCUAUCUAUCUAUCUAUCUAUCUUAUGUCAGACUAUGUCAAAUUAAUGUUUGGAAAUUCGUUCAGAUACAUUUUCAGUACAAAAACAAGAUGGCGUAAAUUCUCGUGUCUCCAUGAUGAAUUUUGGGUAAGAAACGAAAAUAUUCGUCUACGUCGUGCAUUUCGUUGGUUUUUCUUUCUUUUUCUUUCUUUUUCUUACUUCUUCUUUCUUUUUCUGUCAUUUUCUUACUUUUUCUUUAAUUUUCUGUCUUUUUCUUUCUUUUUCUUACUUUUUCUUAUUUUUUCUUUCUUUUUCUUUCUUUUUCUGUCAUUUUCUUCCUUUUUCUUUCAUUUUCUUACUUUCUCUUACUUUUUCUUUCAUUUUCUGUCUUUUUCUUUCUUUUUCUUACUUUUUCUUUCAUUUUCUGUCUUUUUCUUUCUUUUUCUUUCAUUUUCUUCCUUUUUCUUUCAUUUUCUUACUUUCUCUUGCUUUUUCUUUCAUUUUCUGUCUUUUUCUUUCUUUUUCUUACUUUUUCUUAUUUUUUCUUUCUUUUUCUUUCUUUUUCUUUCAUUUUCUUCCUUUUUCUUUCAUUUUCUUACUUUCUCUUACUUUUUCUUUCAUUUUCUGUCUUUUUCUUUCUUUUUCUUACUUUUUCUUAUUUUUUCUUUCUUUUUCUUUCUUUUUCUUUCAUUUUCUUCCUUUUUCUUUCAUUUUCUUACUUUCUCUUACUUUUUCUUUCAUUUUCUGUCUUUUUCUUUCUUUUUCUUUCUUUUUCUUACUUUUUCUUAUUUUUUUCUUUCUUUUUCUUUCACUUUCUUCCUUUUUCUUCCUUUUAUAUAG